AUGGCUCGCGAAGGAAAAAAUCCGGAAAAAACAAUAACAAGGAAUGGUGUAUUAAACUUCAUUGCAUAUAUAAAAAAUUCCUACAACGAAUCAGCUUUUCCAAUAAAAGUAAAUCGCCUGAGGGAAUACCUAAUUUACAAAGUUGAAGUGGAUCGUGUAAAAGCUAAAACCUUAAAAUUUUAUUUAACGAACAUUAAGGCCCAUCAUAAAGCUCUUGGACAUAAAUUGAAUUAUCGUAUUUAUGGUGCCGUUAAAAAGGAGGCUUUAAAUAAAUAUUGCAAUGUCGAUUAUCAUUCCAACAACCAUAGAUCGAGUUUCCUUGAUGCAUAUCCUAACAUUCAUGGUUUGAGCUCCCUUGAUGAUCAUUCCAACAUUCACGGUUUGAGCUCCCUUGAUGAUCAUUCUAACAUUCACGGUUUGAGCUCACUUGAUGAUCAUUCUAGCAUUCGCCCCCCUGAUAAUUCUCUUAAUACCCAUACCAUUCUUUCACCGAACAUCAACAACAUCAACGUCUCAGACAAUGACCCAUUUAUUCAACCGAUGGAUCCCCAAUCUAGUAAUAAGGAUCAUUUUGAUUCAAGUUCUGUUGGUGCUCACUUCUCACUUCCAACUAGUGCUAGUGUUAAUGCUUCAGUCACCGAUCCUUUUAUCCAACCAACUCAUUUCCAAACUAGCAAUACGGCUUUAUGUAAUCUGAGUUCCCUUGAUGUUCGCAGCUUUCCCCCGCUCAAUAUCAAUGUACAAGACUCCGAUUCCUCCAUUCAAAUGACACAUUUCCAAUAUUCUCCUUCACCUAAUAUUGACACACCAUCCGCUGAUCCUUUUACUCAACAAUAUAAUCAAUUUGAUGCACGUUAUUAUAUUCCAUCUAGCAUUAAUAUUCCAGACACUUCUGUUCCUGUUCCUCUCCCGACUAGAAUUAAUUCUGUUAUUCAACGGAUGCACGAUAAUGAACAAAACUUUUUAUCGAAUAACAAUUCCUACAGUACAGAUUCUCUUAAUUUGUUUCCCCCCCCUCUUAUUGAUGUUAGAUUGCUAAUUUCCUAUGCACAGGAAUUAGAAAAACAAAGUAAACAAAUUGAUUUAAUCUUGAAAAGUUAUUUAAAUUAUUUAGUUCAGUCUCAGUAUUCUUUUGAUCAAGAAUCAGAAAAACAAAUUUUGAAUUAUUUAGCUCAAUAUAAUAAUUAA